CACGAGUUAUCCGUAUGGUCGAUAUUAACCGGACAUUUACUUAACACAUGGGCAAUAACUAGCCAAUAAAAUGGCAGUAGGGAACUGCAUAAGUAGAUGUUCCAUCUUCACAUUUCGCGGCACUAGCCUGGCUGCGUCGUCAUGUGCAUCGCAUUCUUCCACCUGUCGACGUACGCAGACCCAAGCGGAUGCGCUCAUGUCAAGUUCAUUGUUGUGGACAACCGAGAUGAGUUCUACGCUCGCGCCACGAGUCCCAUGCACUGGUGGAGCAAGUCCCAUCCCGACAUCUUUGCGCGUACGUCCUUGAUAUUCUACAGUGAUGCCAUGUUGUCUGACGCACCUUUACGUUGCAGCCAGAGAUCUCGAGCGCGGUGGAACUUGGCUCGGUCUUCGACGUUCACAGGGCGGUGGUGGCGUGGUGCGCGUGGCCUUCCUCACCAACAUCCGCGUCGCAGUCCAGCCUGUGGACAAGGAGAGCCGAGGAAAUGUCGUGACCGACUUUCUCCAAAGCGACCUGAACGUGUCCGACUUUGUGAAGCAGCUGCAACCCACGGGAUGCAACUACGCCGGCUUCAACCUCGUGAUGUUUGACGGAGAGUCGUUGGGAUACUAUUGCAACUUGAACCCCAUGGGGCCAACCCCCGAUUUCACGCUCCUUGAGCGGGAUGUGCUGUACGGAAUCUCGAAUAGCGUGCUCGGCACGCCAUGGAUCAAGGUCGAGCGCGGCAAAGCGGCCCUGGCGGACGUGCUGGCCAUGCACAAAGAUCAAGACGAUCUGGCUUUGUGUCGCAAGUUAAUUCUUCCCAUGGUGGAUACCACACGAAUUGAAGCUCCAGAACUCCUGCCUCAAACAGGAUGCCCCGAAGCAAUGGAAUACCAGCUCUCGAGCAUCUUCGUCGAGCCUGUAGGCAACCCCAAGUACCCCAAGUAUGGCACCCGCACAACAAUCGCCAUGGUUGUCGAUGGCGGUCAUGCCACGAUCCUUGAGAAAGACCUAGAUCCCACCACGCUGCAGUGGAACGAGCAUACUCAUUCCUUUUAACUUUGAACGCAAGCCUACGUUUCAUGCCAUUGAUACCAUCGACGGGUCUCACAGCGUCCACCAGCAUGAAGCAGAAGCAGCAUGAAAUACAGCAGUACAGUCCCAUGGAAUGAUGUGCC